AUGGACUAUAUGGAUCCUAUGUACGCCCUGGACCAUAAGCUCAGUACAAGCAAUGACAUGUACUCGUUGGGUAUUCUCCUAUUCACUACGUUAAACAAAGGUACCACGCCCUAUCAAACGCAGGGAAGCCUUAAUGCCCUGUCGUCGUACGCAAAUCAGCUGCCGAAGAAACUGCAUAUUGCUAAAUGGGAUUUGCUUCCCUAUGAUGUACAAAAGAUCCUAACUAAUUUGAUCACAAGGACGGAUGAGGGGCGGUAUACAGCAAAGACGUUCCAAUCCCUGCCUUAUUUCAACAGCAUGAUGGUCUCGGUGCUAAAAUUCAUGGAACGUGAUAGUUUUGCAUCUCGCACUCGCUCUGAAAAAGUUCAGUUCCUCCGUGGUCUUUACAAAAUUUUGCCUCAAUUCUCUACUACACUGCUUCGCCGAAAGCUUCUACCGGGUCUUCUGGAAGCCGUGUCAGACAAGUCUCUCCUUCCUUACAUAUUCCCUAAUGUAUUUUAUAUUGCAAAACAACUUUCUUCCCUGGAGUUCUCGACCAACGUACUUCCGCGACUCAAGACGCAAUUCACAGUGCAUGACCCGCCUCAGUGCCAAAUGUUAUUGCUGAAUCAAACCGAUAUGUUUGUAAGCAAGACAACACCGACAUUGUUUCGAGAUGAAGUCAUGCCGUUGUUUUAUUCUGCCUUGGACAAUGAAAGCAUUGCUAUCCAGGAGAAUGCGCUGCAACGUAUUCCGCAAAUUUGUGAGCUGCUUGGGUACUCACACAUCAAAGACAAGUUACUGCCAAAACUUGUGACUCUUUUCACCAAAACAAAAACACUUUCCUUGAAAGUAAGCAGUUUGAUUUGUUUCCAUGCUAUGGUCCCCCUUCUGGAAUCCCCUUCCAUGUCGGAAGUUUUGCUUCCCACGUUAGGCCGCAUAAAGACACGCGAACCUUCUGUCAUGGUAGCGGCCUUGGCUGUGUAUGAAGCUGUUUCGGAAAAGGUGGACCGACACAUAAAGGCUGCAUCCAUUCUGCCUAGACUGUGGGUCAUGGCUAUGUGUCCAUCGUUAAAUGAGCGGCAGUUCUCACGGUUCAUGCGGGCUAUUAAAACGAUAGGUGACUCGGUGGAAAAAGAACAGUUGGCACACUUGCGCGAUAAAGAGCAAAUGGAGAAACAUACAGAUGAGCAUGCAGUCCCACGAGAGACGAAAUCCAAGCCAGCUCUACCGUCCACGAAUGGCGGCAUUAGUACAGGAGGCGAAAUUGAUUUUGAGGCGUUGGUGGGAUAUGCUCGUCAAGAGACCAAUGCUACCGAGAUUGAUGACCUGUUUGCCCCUUCGGAUGCGAUGGUGUUCAAGAGUGGUGAUAUGAUGACAUUGCUUCACAGUACGCCUGCGCAAGUAUCUUCGUCCACUCGAAGCACACCCAGGACCUCUAUGAGCUCGUCUGUGCCUGCGCCGCCGGCAGUGCGUUCGUCCACGGAAGCAGAGACUAAAGAAACGCCAAGUUUGUUUGAUACACUUGUUUCUGAAAAGUCCAACAUGACUACAGAAUUAUCCAAAAGUACAAUGGCACUCGCGCGGCCAACACUGCCAGCUUCGACGCCAUCUCCACGCUCAAGCGUCUCUGCACCGCCAGGCUGGGGUGGUGGUCUUCUUGUGCCCGAAAGCAAGCCUAUUUCAAGCACAAAACCGAAGACGACAAAGCAUGACUGGUCAGAUUUUGAUCCGCUGCGGUAA